AUGGCCUUCCUGGUGUCAGGGACCCUACAGGCGGCUGCACAGUUGGUGGAUGCUCGGGACAGCGUGGGGAGAAAGGGGAAAUACAGUGUGCAGGGUUCAAGGGUAGCCUUGAUACUUAGCAGCCCCGGGGUGUCUGCGACUGCAGUUGCUGCCCUGGAUGGUGUGUCCCAGGCUCUGGGGUUUGGAAACUGUGAGAAGAGGAAGGCCCCAGUCCAGAGCUUCCUUGAGGAGCUGAGUUUGUUCCGGGAGCAGCUAGAUGUCAAGAGGGGUGCUGUGGGGUGUGCCCUUGUGGUUUUGAUGGCCCCCAGUGGGCAGCUAAAGAGGCCACAGCUGCUGGUUCAGGAGCUGAGUCGCUGUGAUGCCCUGCAGGGUUGCCCCAAAAUCUUCCUGUUGCUCUCCAGUGGCCUCAAGGCUGCCUGGGAGCCUGAAGCUUUCCUCACAGGUUUGGGGAAAAUCUGCAGCCAAUAUCCUCACUGGUCACUGCUACAGCUGCUGACAGAGCUCUUUUGCAGAGUGGCUGAAGAGUCUACUGGGAAUACCUACUGCCCAGUCUUUAGGACCUCCUUGCGGGGGACCCUGUGUUUGGGAGAUGUGGAGCCCUGGAGGCCAGAGUCCUACUCAGGACCAAGUGCACAGUAUGACCUGUCUGGGACCAGGGCCGCCCUCCUCCUGGCUGUGAUUCAAGACCGGCUUGGGACACAGCAUGAUGUGGCAGCACUGGGGGACCUGUGCCAGGCCUUGGGCUUCAAGGUCACCCUGAGGACAGACCCUACAGCCCAGGCAUUCUGGGAGGAGCUGGCUCAGUUCCGGGAAAAGUUGGACACUCACAAGGGCCCUGUGAGCUGUGCCCUGGUGGCCCUGAUGGCUCACGGGGGGCCACAGGGACAGCUGCUGGGUUCUGAUGGGCGAGAAGUACAGCCCGAGAUGCUGGUACAGGAGCUGAGCUUCUGUCAGGCGCUUCAGGGCCGCCCCAAGAUCUUCCUGCUCCAGGCUUGCCGUGGUGGGAACAGGGACCCUGGGGUGAGGCCAAGAGCUCUCCCAUGGUACAGGCGCUGGCUGCAGGCACCCCCAGCCCUCCCUACCCAGGCAGAUGUUCUCCAGAUUCAUGUGGAUGCCCCAGGUAGCCCUCCCUCCACUCCAGGAAGCUCUAGCCACGCAGAUGUCCUUACCGUCUACGCAGCUGCUGAGGGCUGUGUGGCCUAUCGGGAUGAAGAAAAGGGCUCAGACUUGGUCCAGACGCUGGUGGAGGUGAUCAGAGCCAGCCCUGGAGGAGAUGUCAUUGAGCUGUUGACAGAGGUUAACAGGAGGGUAUGUGAGUUGGAUGUGCUGGGGCCAGACAGUGAUGAGCUGCGCAAGGUCUGCUUGGAGAUCCGCAGCUCGCUCCGGCGCCGGCUCUGUUUACAGAGCUGACAGCCCUGCUACUUCCGACACCCCCCUUCAUCACUCUGUCAUCGAUGCAGCAUCUUGGGCAUGGGAACUCAAACUCAGCGUGCAAUAAAUAUCUGUUCACGA